AACAAAAAUACAUAAGUUGCACCUGACCUUUCUUACUACACGGAAGCAAUAAUGAUUGUAAAUACUUCAUUACAGUUAAAAUUUUUGAAAAUAUUUUUUUGAUCACUAUGUUUCAUAGCAUUUCUGAUAAGGUGUACAAAUUAAAUUGUACAUGUGUAGUGAAUAAAGGGUUUAUGCGUUGGUGGAACGUAAAUCACAUUUUGUCCAAUGGGCCAUUGUCUAAGUUGCUUCAAAGAACAAGCCAAUACUGAGAUAGUUACAACUCAAAGGAAGAAAGAUGAGAUGAGGGAGAUUGUGACCACAAAUCAAGUGCCCACCGUCAUGGUGUCUGACUACCCGCAAGAAGAACCAUUGCUGCAUAACAAUCAAAAUAACAUUAAUUCUCAUAGAAAUAUGCAGAAUGCAAAUACUGUGAAUUCAUAUGAUGAGAACAGCACAGGAGAAUUGACAAUUAUACAAAAAUCACACACAAAUUCAGAUAAGAUACUAAAGCCAUUUUAUCAAAAGUUGCCAUCGUUACCCCGAACUAUGUCUUCUAUCAGUUCAAAUGAAUCUAGGAUAUCUGAAAAUAAAAUUAAUCAAUUGUUUGAUUUGUAUAAGGAUUCUUUGGAAGAUGCAAUAUUAGCUGAAGGAAUUGAAAAUCUUUGCAAUGAUUUGCAGUUGAAUCCAGAUGAUUUUAAAGUAUUAGUGCUUGCUUGGAAGUUAAAUGCUAGUCAAAUGUGUAGAUUUACACGGCAGGAAUUUGUGCAAGGCUUGAAAAAUCUAAAAACUGAUUCAAUAAAAGGUGUACAAACUAAGUUAAAUGAAAUAACAUCAGAUUUGACAAGAGAUUCUGAGAAUUUCAAAGAUUUAUACAGAUUCACUUUCAAAUUUGGUUUAGAUGUUAGUAUAGGGCAACGAAUAUUGCCGGCCGAUAUUGCUAUCUUAUUAUGGAGAUUAGUUUUCACGAACAAUGAACCACCAAUACUUGACAAAUGGCUAAAGUAUCUUGAAAAAAACCCUCACAUCAGAGGCAUUCCUAAAGACACCUGGUACAUGUUCUUAAACUUUUGUGAAUACAUUGGAGAUGACCUCAGCAGUUAUGAUGACAAUGAGGCAUGGCCGAGUUUGUUUGAUGAUUUUGUGGAGUAUGAAAACGACCAAAUGAAUCAAAAUAUUACCAAAACUGACAUGAAAAUAGAGGAUUAAAAAUUAAUGUUUGCCAAAUUUUAGCUACCGUAGGUACUUAAUAAAACGAUAUUGAGACUGAUAAUCUGAUAAUGAACGUUUGAAAUCAACUCCACGAAGGAGGUUCAUUACUGCUAAGUAAUGCUUAUGACUCAAAACAUUAGUUAAUGCGGGAGUGUUAUAGUGAUGCCGGAGAUGUCAUCAUGUAAAUAUUACUUUAUAUUUUGUAACUAAUGAUUUGUAAAACUAUAUUAUGCCUACAUAAGUUUUUAGUCUUAUAGAUUUAUUGAUAACAUUCCAGUGAUGGAAUAAGCCAAAUCUGUAUAUUUUUUGUUCUGUUCUACAAAUGAAAUGCUUAUGUACACUGAGUAAUCUAAAUAUUUCUUACACUAUCCACUUUUAUUCUUUAUAUUCCUAAAGCCUAAACUUGCACCAUCCAAAAUUCCUGC